AUGCGACUAGCUCGGAUGACUUCCAAUUUUUAGUGAACAGUGAAGAAUUUGAAGUUCUUAGUUACUUUUUAAGGUUAAAUAUUAUUCUUCUUUAUCGAUUGCAGAUGAAGUUAUGAUUGAUGUUUCGAUGGUUACUCAUUAAUCACCUCCUCGUAUAAAUCAUCUCGCAGUUAUUUAUAUUUAGUGUUUCAUCCCCAACAGAUAGUAGAAAUUGGCCGAAUUCAGUUUCUUCUUGACGCAAAUCGAUUAAAAUCGACUCAAAUAUAUGCAUACCCCGCCGUCAUGAACGAUCACAUGAGAAUGCAUCCUUCGGCUCACCGCCCACACUUUUUACAUGCUCUCUGCCAUGACACCAGUCCAUUUUUCCUAAAGGAUGUUGACAUCACAAUUCCAACGUCAGCACAUAUUUUUUCCUAUCCCAAAUAAAUAAUAAAUAGCACUCUUCACUUAUAAGAUUGUACAAACGAAGAGAAAAUUAUCAAAAUGCUCAGUCUCAGGGACAAACAAAUACAUGCCUUGAGACAAAUGCUGAAUCUUAAUCAGCGGGAGACUAAAUCCAACACAGCAGUUCCCACCUGGAAGAUUCUGAUUUAUGACAGAAUGGGACAGGACAUAAUUUCUCCUUUGAUUUCCAUAAAGGAGUUGAGAGAACUGGGAGUUACACUCCAUAUGCAAUUGCAUUCAGACAGAGACCCAAUUCCAGAAGUUCCAGCUAUUUAUUUCUGUGCGCCAACGAACGAGAAUCUCGGUCGAAUCGGCCAAGACCUUCAAAAUGGUCUCUACGAUAUUUACCAUCUCAACUUCAUAUCCCCGAUAUCCAGAGGAAAAAUGGAGGACCUCGCAUCUGCAGCAUUAAUGGCUGGAGCAGUUGCCAACAUUCACAAAGUUUUCGACCAAUACCUGAACUUCAUUACGUUAGAAGACGACCUAUUUAUUCUGAGACACCAAAACAGCGACGCGAUCUCGUAUCACGCCAUCAAUCGAGGAGAAAUCAAGGACACAGAAAUGGAGUCCAUAAUGGACACCAUCGUCGACAGUUUAUUCUCAAUUUUCGUGACAUUGGGAACAGUACCAAUCAUUCGAUGCCCCAGAGGCAACGCUGCAGGAAUGGUAGCUAUGAAACUGGAUAAGAAAUUGAGGGAAAAUGUGUGGGACACCAGGAACAGUUUAUUCCAGGGUGAGGCAACGGGCACUGGACAUUUGACAUUCCAACGACCUCUGCUAAUUGUUCUGGACAGAAGUGUCGAUAUGGCGACGCCUCUGCAUCACACCUGGACAUAUCAAGCUCUUGCUCAUGAUGUCUUGGAGCUGGCGUUAAACCGACUGGUCGUAGAGGAGAACGUGGGUAAAUCACCUACUGGAGGUGCCAGAGCUAAAACCAGAGCGUGUGAGCUAAAUAAUAGUGAUCGAUUUUGGCUGCAGCACAAGGGUAGCCCUUUUCCUAGGGUUGCUGAGGCCAUCCAGGAAGAACUGGAACAGUACAGAGCUUGUGAGGAUGAGGUGAAGAAACUCAAGUCCUCAAUGGGAAUUGAUGGAGACGAUUCUGCCUAUCCCAUGCUGCAAAACAACACGGCUCGACUAACAAAUGCUGUCAACUCUUUACCCCAAUUGCUGGAAAUGAAACGAUUAAUUGACAUGCACACAACGAUUGCUACUGGGAUAUUAAAUGCCAUAAAAUCGAGGAGGCUUGACACACUUUUUGAGAUUGAAGAGAAAAUUAUGUCCAGGCAGACCUUGGACAGGAGUAUAUUGGAUAUUAUCAAUGAUCCUGACUGUGGAACGCCCGAUGAUAAAAUUCGAUUAUUCAUCAUUUAUUAUCUAUGCAAUAACAUGUCGGAUGCUGAUUACAACAAACACGAGGCUGCAUUGUCGAACGCUGGGUGUGAUCUCAAUCCUCUUAUGCAUAUCAAAAGAUGGAGGAGCUAUACGAGGAUAUCGGAAAUUCAAAGUAAUUAUGAGGGCGGUGGAACAAGAACUGUUAGUAUGUUCUCAAAAUUAAUGAAUCAGGGCUCAUCGUUUGUCAUGGAGGGAGUGAAAAAUCUCGUUGUGAAACGACACAAUCUACCAGUUACUAAAAUCGUCGACGAGUUGGUAGAGUCGAAACAGAAUUCACAUACUGAUGAUUACUACUACCUCGAUCCAAAGCAGUUGAAACAAGUGGAGCAAGUCCCCAAAAAUCGAACAACAUUCCAGGAUGUAAUUGUAUUUGUUGUUGGUGGUGGCAAUUACAUCGAAUAUCAAAAUCUCGUCGAUUAUGUUCGGCAAAAGACUGGAGGUGGUGCCAAUAAACGUGUUAUCUACGGUUCGACGACUCUAGUAAAUGCACGUCAAUUCCUGAAGCAACUGUCGCACCUCAGCCAAGAGGCGCAUUGAUUACGACCUUUCGGAAGAAAAUGUAAAGAAAUAAAUUUAUGUCGCGUGUGCGCUAAAAGCGUGUGUACGACCUUUUCCGUUCAACAAGUACUAGAUCAGUGAUCUAAUAAGAUAGAAUUGCAGUGGAAAAUCGAAAAGCAGUAAGAACUGAUAAUUUAUGGAAAAGAUUAUUUUAUUGUUGCUUAAAAUAUACCAAUAAAUUUCGACAA